AUGGCCCCUGCUAACGUGCGCACGGCGCAGGCCCCCAGCGCCGACCGCAGGUUAAGGACGCUGGUGCGCCACCUGCUGCCUUCCUCCCCACGAAGAGCAGCAGCAGCAGCAGCCGACACCUCCGCCACCCUCGAAUCGUUCCCCACCAUGGCGUCGCAGGGAUCCUCCGUCUUCGCCGCACUCGCGCAGGCCCCAGAGGACCCCAUCCUCGGAGUGACCGUCGCCUACAACAAGGAUCCCAGCCCCGUAAAGGUCAACCUCGGCGUCGGCGCCUACCGGACCGAGGAAGGGAAGCCCCUCGUGCUGAAUGUGGUCAGGCGCGCCGAGCAAAUGUUGAUCAAUAAUCCGUCACGUGUCAAGGAGUACCUACCAAUCACCGGUUUGGCUGAAUUCAAUAAGCUGAGCGCUAAGCUUAUCUUUGGUGCUGACAGUCCUGCUAUUCAGGAGAAUAGGGUUACUACAGUGCAGUGCCUAUCGGGUACUGGUUCUUUAAGAGUUGGAGGUGAAUUUCUUGCAAGGCACUAUCAUGAGCGCACUAUCUACAUCCCGCAACCAACCUGGGGAAAUCACCCAAAAGUCUUCACCUUAUCUGGAUUGACUGUUAGGAGCUACCGCUACUAUGAUCCUGCAACCCGUGGUCUUGACUUCAAAGGACUCUUGGAAGACCUCAGUUCUGCUCCUUCAGGUUCAAUUGUACUGCUGCAUGCCUGUGCCCACAACCCUACUGGAGUAGAUCCUACCAUUGAUCAGUGGGAACAGAUUAGGCAGCUGAUGAGAUCAAAAUCACUGCUUCCGUUCUUUGACAGUGCCUACCAAGGCUUUGCGAGUGGAAGUCUUGACAAAGAUGCUCAGUCAGUGCGAAUGUUUGUUGCUGAUGGUGGUGAAUUGCUCAUGGCUCAGAGCUAUGCUAAGAACAUGGGAUUGUACGGAGAGCGUGUUGGCGCUUUGAGCAUUGUAUGUGGAAGUGCCGAUGUAGCUGUUAGGGUUGAAAGUCAACUCAAACUUGUGGUCAGGCCUAUGUAUUCAAACCCCCCUCUUCAUGGUGCCUCUAUCGUGGCUACCAUACUCAGGGACAGUGAGAUGUUCAACGAAUGGACUCUAGAACUGAAGGCCAUGGCUGAUAGGAUCAUUAGCAUGAGGCAACAGCUAUUUGAUGCGCUGAAAUCCAGAGGAACCCCUGGAGAUUGGAGCCACAUCAUUAAGCAAAUUGGGAUGUUUACUUUCACUGGGCUGAAUAGCGAGCAAGUGGCAUUCAUGAGGCAGGAAUACCACAUUUAUAUGACAUCUGAUGGGAGGAUCAGCAUGGCUGGUUUGAGCAUGAGGACUGUGCCCGAUCUUGCAGAUGCCAUACACGCUGUAGUUACUCAACUGAAAUGA